GCGGCCGGGGGAAGCCGCGGGGCCGGUCAUGCGGCUGCGGGGCCCGCGGCCCGGAGCGUCCGCCCAACCCUGAGCGAGGCCCCGCAGGGCGCCCCCUGCCGCUGAGGAUGAGUCACUGCAGUAGCCGUGCCCUGACCCUGCUGAGCAGCGUGUUCGGUGCGUGUGGCCUGCUGCUGGUGGGCAUCGCGGUCAGCACGGACUACUGGCUGUACAUGGAAGAGGGAACGGUGUUGCCACAGAACCAGACCACGGAGGUCAAGAUGGCGCUGCAUGCCGGCCUGUGGCGCGUCUGCUUCUUCGCAGGCCGGGAAAAGGGUCGCUGCGUGGCCUCAGAAUACUUCCUUGAACCGGAGAUCAACUUGGUGACGGAAAACACGGAGAAUAUUCUGAAGACAGUGCGCACAGCCACCCCCUUCCCCAUGGUCAGUCUCUUCCUCGUGUUCACCGCCUUCGUCAUCAGCAACAUCGGUCACAUCCGCCCACAGAGAACCAUUCUGGCCUUCGUUUCUGGCAUCUUCUUCAUCCUAUCGGGGCACCCCUCUGCUCCCCCAGGCCUCUCCUUGGUGGUGGGCUUGGUUCUUUACAUUUCCAGCAUCAACGACGAGGUCAUGAACAGGCCCAGCAGCUCCGAGCAGUAUUUCCACUAUCGCUACGGGUGGUCUUUUGCCUUCGCAGCUUCCUCCUUCCUACUCAAAGAGGGAGCUGGCGUGAUGUCCGUGUACCUGUUCACCAAGCGCUACGCGGAGGAGGAGAUGUACCGUCCGCACCCGGCCUUCUACCGCCCGCGUCUCAGCGACUGCUCCGACUACUCGGGCCAGUUUCUGCAGCCCGAGGCGUGGCGCCGCGGCCGCAGCCCCUCCGACAUCUCUAGCGACGUAUCCAUCCAGAUGACGCAGAACUACCCUCCAGCCAUCAAGUACCCGGACCACCUGCACAUCUCCACCUCGCCCUGCUGAGGCCCCGCCCCCGGGGAGCCCCUCUUCCUCCUCUUCCUCCUCCUCCUCUUCCUCCUACUCUUCACGGGUCUCCCCACAACGCAGCUCCCCCUCAAGUCCUCGGGACUCCUCGUCCCAACCCGGAGGACGCUGCGCACGCGUUAGCCCCGCCCUCUUCCCAGUGGCCCCGCCCCGUCGCCAUAACCCCGCCCUCUUUCCUGACCGCUCCACUUCAUUGGUCCCUUCCACUUCCAGAUGACGCCUCCUUCUAGAUGACCCGCCCCCUUUCCUUAGGCCACUCCCCUCCAGGCCUAGUACCGCCUCCCAGGUUCCUCCGCUCCUCAGGCCGAGCGGCCGAGCGCGCCCACCUCCGCGAACGAUCCCCCAGCCUUCCGCCUCGCUGCAGAGGCUCUGGGCAGGAGAGUAGGUUCCAGCUGCCGCCAGAAAUGCCAAGCAUCCUCUUCUGCUCUCUGCCCCGACUUCUCUCUUUCCCGGCCCAAUCUCACCUCCGGACUUUAGUGGUCCUCGGGUGUAGUGCGGCCGGGGUGGGGCUGGAGGCCGCAGGUAUGGUGUCCCCUCCCCCACUCCCCCACCCACGGGAGACCCCAUUCUUUCUCACCUGCUGGACGCUUCUCGCUCGGCCUUCUGAAGGUUACCUGCCUUUUCGAGGGCUCUCUCUAACGGCUUUUCUUGCUCUCUCAGCUGACCUUGGCUUCUUUUCCUUCCUCUGUCUCCCGGCCUCCUCUUCACCCGCUCAUCCAAAGGCCGUCGGUGCAUCCAGCCCCACAUACCACGCGACAAGAAUGGAGACCCUAGGGUGGAGGGAAUUCCUCCACGCCGUUUCCACGCCUGUGCCCGCCUCUUCCCCCUCGAGGCCCCGUCGGGGGAGGGAGAGGCAGUAGCGGGGGUCGACACCCCCCAAACCUCGAAGUCUUCCAUUUUCUGGCCCUCCCCCUCAUUGAAGUCCCCCUUCCCAUCUCAGACCCCCAACUCUGGCCUCUUUCAAGGGUCCGUCCGCCCCCUUGGACAGAUGGGGGUCACCAGAAACUCACCCACCCCCUUAUUAGGGGAGGAGGGGCGAGGUAGCACAGUGUUGUACACGGAACUAGAAAGGCCCCCUGGGUGGGGGGA